GCUGUUAAUGCAGGCUGUGAAUCGAAGAAAAAAAAGCAUGUAAUUAAUCAUAGGAGGUUGGUGGGGGGAUUCACUAAGCUUGAGAGGGAGAAGCUGGACAAGGCACUAGGACCUAGAAGGCAACUAUCCACCCUGGCAGGAAUUUCUUGCUUGGAGCUCAGACAACAAAGGCAUAGAGAGAUUGGUUUUCUUUCUCUCAGCAUCUCCACCCAACCAGCAGAAAACUGGUCUCUGAGGUUCCACAAAAAUAUGGAACUUGAUUUUGGACACUUUGACGAAAGAGAUAAGACAUCCAGGAACAUGAGAGGGUCACGGAUGAAUGGGCUGCCAAGUCCCACUCACAGCGCCCAUUGCAGCUUCUACCGAACCAGAACCUUGCAGGCACUAAGUAAUGAAAAGAAAGCCAAGAAGGUACGUUUCUACCGCAAUGGGGACCGCUACUUCAAGGGGAUUGUGUAUGCUGUAUCUUCUGACCGUUUUCGCAGUUUCGAUGCUCUGCUGGCUGACCUGACUCGAUCCUUGUCUGACAACAUCAACUUGCCUCAGGGAGUGCGUUACAUUUACACCAUUGAUGGAUCCAGGAAGAUCGGGAGCAUGGAUGAACUGGAAGAAGGGGAAAGCUAUGUUUGCUCCUCAGACAACUUCUUCAAAAAAGUCGAGUACACCAAGAAUGUCAACCCCAACUGGUCUGUCAAUGUAAAGACAUCUGCCAAUAUGAAAGCUCCCCAAUCUCUGGCUAGCAGCAACAGUGCCCAAGCCAGAGAAAACAAGGACUUUGUGCGCCCCAAGUUAGUGACCAUCAUCCGCAGUGGGGUGAAGCCUCGGAAGGCUGUCCGUGUGCUUCUUAACAAGAAGACAGCCCACUCUUUUGAGCAAGUCCUCACUGAUAUUACAGAAGCCAUCAAACUGGAAACAGGAGUCGUCAAAAAACUCUACACUCUUGAUGGAAAACAGGUUACCUGUCUUCAUGAUUUCUUUGGUGAUGAUGAUGUGUUUAUUGCCUGUGGUCCUGAAAAAUUUCGCUAUGCCCAGGAUGACUUUUCCUUGGAUGAAAAUGAAUGCAGAGUCAUGAAAGGAAACCCAUCAGCCACAUCUGGCCCCAAGGCCUCACCAACACCUCAGAAAAGCUCAGCUAAGAGCCCUGGCCCUAUGCGUCGCAGCAAGUCACCAGCUGACUCAGGUAACGACCUGGACGCAAACGGAACCUCCAGCAGCCAGCUGUCUACACCCAAGUCUAAGCAGUCUCCCAUCUCCACACCCACCAGUCCUGGAAGUCUGCGGAAGCACAAGGUAGACCUGUACCUCCCUCUGUCCCUGGAUGACUCAGACUCACUGGGUGAUUCCAUGUGAAGGGCAAGAUACAAUAGUCCAGAGUAUAAAUCCAAGCCUACAGUUAUAGCAGAGUACUUUGCUCAAGUGACCAACAAGGCUAUUGGUGCUUACAAAAUUUUGUUGUUAUUGUUGUUGUUAUUAUUAUUUUUCAAAACACUCUGUAGUAUGUAGGGUUUAUUUUCCUGUGACUUCUCCUCUGGGCCACUAAUCCACAACUUCCAAUUAUGAGAGAUAGAUUGAUAACCAUUCUUUGGGUAACUUUCCAGGGAUGCAAAAUGUGCUAGUCUAUGACAUUUCUACUGAAUGCUUAGGGGCCUUUGUUAUUCUUCCUGUCUCACUUUGUCCAUACACUAGUCUUCCUUCUCUGGAAGGCUGUUUACAUACAUAUCACUUCAAAUGUUUUUGUGGGAAAAAACUCUUUGGUGGAUCCAAAAGCGCCAAACACAAGUGCCCCUUGUCUUGGAUCUUAAGAAUGCUGGAGGAUCCUAGGAGGAUGGUGUGACAACUCCUUAGCCUCGUUCUUCACUCUGGCUGUGAAGAGAGAGAAAAACCAGCAACUUAUAAUUGUGACACCGGAUGAUUAGGGCUAUGUUAUAGGGCUAGCUGAAUGCAAUGAGGCAGACACUUCAGUAGGAUUUAUAAGGCACAGUGAAUUCCUGGUCAACCCCUCCACUGGGGCAAUUUGGAACCAAUAAGCAAUUGAUAAGCAUUUGGGGGUGAUGUCAUAUACCUGAUUCCUCCAGGAGGCUGUAUAACAUGCCAAGUUAUUAUACAAGCUAUAUGGUAUCCAUCUAUCUCUGUUCUAUUGAAUGCCUUGUAAACAGCUAACACUGAAAACACUGUGAGAAUUUGUUUUCAGGUCUGACACCUUUUGGUCGCUUUUUAUAGCAAAACCCAAUAUCCUUUUUAUAAAAACUCACGUCUGUAUUUCUGGAGCCAACUCUUCAGGCUCCCUUUUUUAUAAACCGGUAACUUUUCCUUUGUCUAAAAAACACAUGCAGAAAAUUUACCAAAAAAAUGCAGAAGAAUAAUGUAGUUUAGAAAUCAUGCUAUCACUGCCAAACAUAAACUUCCAGGAGAAAAUACAAUGAAUAGCAGAGGCCAAUUCAAUAGAAUCUGUCUUUUGAUAACUUUUUAACUAUUAUGCUUACAUUAAUAAUUUCAACGU